UUACAUAAGCAGGUGUCCGAUGGUCGCUGCCAGUUGGAAAGGUCACGAGCCAAUCAACGAGUCACAUGGUCAGUAAUGGAUUCCCUUCGUUGGGUGCGUGUGAGAUGGUCAAUGGUAUGCGUCUGACUGGUCAGUCUGAGCUGCAGAUCAGAGGGUCCAUUUGGCUGCUUAGGGACCUCGAGAUCUCGAAUGCCAGAACGGGCUAAGCAUAGCUGACCCAGCUAUCAAUCAGUCAGUGUGCCCUUGGAUCUCUGAUAUUUAGUAAGAUAGCUUCAUCUCUCCCAAAAUCAAUCCUUGGGCUGUGAAAUUCCGGGCGUUCUGGUCCAUCCCCCGAGUCAUGCCGCUGCCCGCAUUUUAGGGCUGCGGAGAGAGCGGAGUACAGGAUCAAAACGAGGACCUUGGGUGCAACAGGAAUGCCCAGCGCGGGCGCCUGCAGGUCGAGUGCUAGGAUGGCAGCAUCUUCUCCCCAUCAUGGCUCAUCUUCUUCAUCCGUGUUCAACGGUGACGAUUCAGUAACAGCAUUGUAGUUGGCAAAAAGUAAGAGGCAACUUUUCGACACUGACCGCCAACUGCCGUUCCAUUUGAGCGUCACUGACAUCACCGGGAGAGUUCCCGUUCUCUGCCACCUUCCACCCGCCAUGGCUGCUAACGACUUGCGGGGAUGGGUGAUGAGCGCCGUCUCGGGCGUGGCCUGUGUCCUCGGGUCGGCCGUUAUUUGCGCGGACAUUGUCUUGCGCCGGGUCACCCAUGACAAGAAGUUCCAAAUCGCCAACAGUAAUAACUUUCUGUCGGCCUCACUGUGUCUAAGUGCAGGUGUAAUGCUCUUUACUUCUCUGUACAGCAUGCUGCCAAACUCUAAGGACUACCUGACCCGCGCCGGCUUUUCUCCUUCCGUCUCAGCCUAUAUCUUGACAGCUUUGUUCAUCGCCGGUGUGGUUGUCAUUCGGGUUGCAUCCGGGUUUCUCCAUCGUUUCAUCCCAUCGCACGUAGUGGACUGCGCGCACACUCAUGAUGGUCCGGAACAAGAUCCCGAGCGUGGCGAGCAGAUGCAGGACUGCGAUGACCGCACAGAGGCCCGACAUGCUAAUGGUAGCACGGAGAGAACCCCCCUCUUGCGACCCUCGGGUCAGCAGCCCUCUAAGUCUACAUCGCAAAUUCCCCAGCGGACAGACUACUCAUCAAGCCCAAGGCGGCGGGAAUCUCUACGAUCGGCUUUUUCCCGGCGCAUCAGCUCUCUCAUGGGCGGUGUUAAGCCUCUCUGCGAUGAGAACGGACCCUGCUACGGCUUUUCACAGACUUGCGGGCGUGAAUGCACCAAAAUCCUUGGCCCAAGUAUACCCCCGCCACCGACUGAGGGCACGGACGGAGUCAUUCGACCGGAGCUAGCGCCACACCCUCACAGUAUUGAGGUGCAGCUGAACUCGGAUCGUCGGCGUGAUCAGGAACCGAGUAUAGACUCUGUCGAGACCGCUACAGACACGGGUUACUUUGGGACGAUGUCGGAAGAUGUCAAUCACUCGAUCUCGACUUCUUCCUCACCAUCACGUACGCAAAAGGACUCUUCUGAACUUACGAAUGACUCUGGGAUUAUACAUCACGGCCACCACCAUCACGACCAUGGCUCUCAUCAUCAUGACCAUCACCAAAAUGGAGGCCAAUCCGCUUCAUCAAAACCGGCUCCGGAUCCCACUCACCACCACCAUGUACCACAAAACGCCUUCCUCUCCAUUGGCCUGCAAACAUCCCUCGCGAUCGCUCUUCACAAGCUCCCAGAAGGUUUCAUCACUUACGCCACGAACCAUGCCAGUCCGACCCUCGGCCUGACCGUCUUCUUGGCCCUCUUCAUCCACAAUAUCGUCGAGGGCUUCGCCAUGGCCUUACCGUUAUACCUCGCCUUGAACUCCCGCUGGAAGGCCAUGUUCUGGUCUAGCCUUCUAGGCGGAAUCAGUCAACCCGCCGGCGCGGCAAUCGCAGCACUCUGGAUUUGGGGCUCUGGACACACGGGCCACGACUCCACGGGUCCAUCUUGGGGUGUAUACGGUGGCAUGUUCGCCAUGACUGCCGGCGUAAUGACAUCUGUUGCGCUACAGCUUUUCAGCGAGGGUUUGGGCCUGACACACCACCGUAACAUGGGCAUUGGAUUCGCCGUUGCGGGUAUGGGUCUGAUGGGACUCAGUUUUGCCCUGACGGCUUAAGCCUUGGCCCUGCACUGACCCUCGACUUGGCUGAAUGAUGGAGUGGAAGUACUCUACGAGUGUUAACGUUUUUAUUCUUGCAUGAGUGCUGGCGCGAGCUGCAGAUGAGAGAACAAGAAAAGACGGGGUUUGGCGUUUUCGUUGUUUAUAGGGCUUGUUUUUACCAUGUUCCCUCUGUUAAAUGUCGUGCUCUGUGAGGGCAUGCCGUCCAUGAUUGUAUAUUGUCAUUCGUUACUUAUUGUUAGGUGCUGGAAGUGUAUGUCUUCUAUGGCGUACAUAGACCGCAACCGACGCUCUUCUUCAUACAUAUCUUACGUUGAUACGGCAUUAGACGAAUAGCAUAUCGUUAGAGUAGAGUAAAUUCUUCCAG